ACUGUAUCUUCGUUCAAAUGUUGAUCUCAAGGACAAGUGGAGGAAUAUGAGUGUGAUGGCUAAUGGUUGGGGAUCCCGAGAGAAGGCCAGGUUGGCUCUUAAGAGAUUACAUGCUCCUAAAAAAGAUGAGAACAUUUUGGCUCGAAGUGUUGCUGUCCAAAGUGAAGACGAAUUGCCAGAAGCUAAAUCUGUUUCUCUUUCCUCGGAUAUCAAGCUGAUAGCUGGUCCAAAGCGAUCUAAUGUAAGAAAAGAAGAAGAGGAGGAAGAAGAAGAAGAUGAUGAUGAAGAAGAAGAAACGGAAGCAGAAAGAACAGAAAGAGAUGCAAGAUAUGAUUGUCAUAGGUGGGAAAAAAGGUUAGACAAUCUCAUAAUUGAGGCAAUUACUACCUUGAGGGAACCUGGUGGCUCUAAUAAGACAAAGAUUACCUCAUAUAUAGAGGUAGUCUUCCUUUCACCAAAUUAAGACAUUUAACUUAAGUCGAAUCCCUUCCUUCAUUUUCUCAUCAAUGCGAGGAGAAAAUGAAAGGAGAUGGUUGUUGGUGAAAUCAAUUGAUUUCGAUCUCUUACAUAUUUAGACUUCGUUUCUUUAUUAAAUAAAUCGGUAUAAGCUUUAUGGAUUUAUAUUCAUGAUGCUAGUGCUCAUCUUCUGAAAACAAGGGGCAAAAACGGCUUCUGAUUGGUAACUAUUAAUUUUUGGAUUGAUAGGAGAGUUUUAUUGAUUAUUCUGAAUCCUUGGUGACUGAUUCAAGUGCUCAUCAAUGAGUAGUUAGUUCUCAAUAAUCGACUGAUUCAAGUGACAUUCAACAUUUGUCAGAAACUUUGGUACAAUUUGUAGUUAUGUUUUGAAUCACCUGUGGCUUUUGAUGUUAUAAUAUUUAUAUCCUUCUUUUCAAGAUCUUCACCCUUCUCUUUUUCUAAUUACACUUUUUCUAUGUCCAUUCGAAAAGUUAGUUGCAACUCCUUACUUUGUGCAGGGGCUUCCCCUUUGGAUGUGAAAUCAUAUUUUCAUAAUUAUUCUUCCUGAAAUUGAACUGUAUU